CCAUCAGGGUUUCCUUAAAGCAUAUAGGGCAAUUUAAAUGAGCUAAAAGUAGAACAAGGUCUUAAAAUGGCUCCAUUUAAUUCAAGUUUAGCAUCCAUAUGUAGGCAAAACUUCCAUUUAUUUUAGUCAUCUAUAUCGGUGUUUGCCAAGUAUCUUAAGAAAAAUCACCUGGGACACUUAUAAAAAUAAGAAUCCUGGUUCCCACACCAGAUCUACUGAACCAAGUUCUUAAGGGAGAUGAGUGGAAACUGACAGUUUUUAAGGUAUAAAUGUAAUUUUUUAAACUCCUCAUAAGAGCAGCUUACUGGAAAUAAACAAGGUAUCAUUGAAUUACUGUAGUGUACUGGUUGUGGAUAUUUGAUAAGAUUUGCACAAAGGCUAUAUAGCAAUUGUUGAUUCAGAGUUCCAGUUGCUUCUGGUUUUUGCAGUUUCAACUCACAAGGACAAGUUUUGAGACUAGAUAUUUCUGUGGCACAUAUCUCAGACCAUUGUGUAUUCCUCCCUCUGCUCCUGCGUCGUUUCUAUCUUUCCUUUUCAAAAUACUUGGCCCCAAGAAGUUACCCAUUUCCAGAUUCAAUGCUUAUGAAAUUAUCACAAUUUUUUUUUUUUUUAAGUUUAAAGUAUGGUUUUACACUGGGAUUUGUAGAUUCUCUAAAAUGAAACUUUGAUCUCCAUUCGAACAUCACUUGACAGCAAGAGGGUUAAACAGUUGUGGAUUGUUCCAUUAUUCCUGCAGGGAACUUGAGAACUUCAAGGAACUAUAAAUCACACAAAAGAACUACAUUUCAUGUUACUGAAAGACUUGGAGGUUAGAAGGGAAGAAAGUAGACUUUCUGGUUUAUGUCCCAAGGGCAUAUCCUAAUAGAAAUAGCUAUGAAUUCCCACUGAAAACAGGAGUAAUUUUUGUUACUAAACUGUCUCUUGCUUUGCCAUUAGAAGACCUCUCUUCCCCCUUCCCUCAAAACAGAUGGAAUAGUCUGUUUGCAGGUAAGUGACUGAAACUUGGUUUCUAUAAGAAGUUCUUUAGAAUAAAAUGUUUAUCAUGUUUACUGUAAUUUAUGUGGCUUUUGCAAGGCUAAGAGUUAGUACAUGAUAUAAUUUUGCUCAGAAGAAAGUAAAAUGUUUUGUUUUUAAAGUUAGUAUUUUAAACAUUUUUCCUCUUAAUUAUUAAUACAUUCCUAAAAAUAAAAAUUGAUAAUUAGACUACCUAUUUUAUUAGGAAAUAGGUGGGGAGAUGAAAGUUCAAAGAAUGUUAGCAACAACAUUUUUGUACCAAGUAAGUAAAUAUGUCAUUGUGUAAACAGGUAGGAAAGAAACAAAGAUCGCAGGUUAGAAAAACUUUCUUUUUUUAAAAAAGGAGUACUACAGUACUUUAUGCCAAAAACUUAUUGUCAUUAAUGCUUGGUAAGAAAAAUGAGUACAAAAGAACAACAGUUUUAUGCUUUGAACUAAUUUGUCACUUUGGACAUCAUGGGAUAUGGAAUCUACAACCUUGACAAAAGCAAGAGGCCACUGUCACUGCCUUUAGUAUCUUUUCAAAUGUUUUUGUACUGCAAUUGAAAUAAUUUUAUUAAUAUUUAGAAAUUUAAAAUCAUGUCACCAUUUUCCUAAUGCACAUUUCUUAGCAAAUACUUCUGCUUCAGAGAUACUACUCCUUUAUAUGUAUACUUUACAAAGACGUGACCUUUUUAACUUGUGAACAAGAAUAUCAGAAAACAUAUUAGACAACCCCCCAAUUUGAACUUCUUUACAAUUUUCAUUGUAAAUUACACUUUUUAUUCUUGGUUGAAUAGCAUACACCUUGGGGGUGUUCCAUUCCAUCUACAUUACAAGCAUGUUCUAUUGGCUGAUCUUCAGUCUCCUAAGAAGACAGCUUGUGGCUGGCCUUUAUGAAAAAUACCUAGCCCUAAGAAGUGACCAGAAUCCAGAUUCAAUGUUUAUGCAAUCACUGCAAAGUUAAGAUUUUUAAUUUUAUUUCAUUUUCAGUUUUUACUUAUUUUCAAGUUUUAUUGUAUAUUCUUAGCAAAAAGUUUAAACCAAUGUUUAAAAGUUUAAACUACAAACUGGUUUUCUAGUGAACCUGAAUACCAUAACUUAAAUUUAAAAAAAAAAAAGAGAGAGAGAGAGAGAAAUGAUUGAACAGUAAUCUGCAGUCACAGGUUCCUUAAAAACCAUACAGAAGUAGCCUCACAAAGUGAUGUCUUGUUCCUGGCGAAACAAAUCUUCCCUUUAUCUGAUGCUCAAGUGACUAAAUUAUUGUUUUCCUCAGAAAGAAUCUUGACUAGGAUUUCCAUUUGUCUUUAUAUUUACUUAGUAAAAGGUGUUUGUGACUAUUCACCUUCAGAGAAAGAAGAAAAGCAGAGGAGAGAAUCCACUUCUUCAAGAGGCUAAAGGACAAAGUAUUGAAAUAACCUGGGAAGUGUUCAGAAAAGACACUAGAAAGUCAAAUGUUCACCUGAGCUCAACUGAGAAGAAACAAAAGAAAAAUCAGUAUGCAAUCCAAGAGUGGCUGCAGUUUUCUAGAAGGUGACCCUCCAUAAGCGUCCCAGAGAAGUUCUCUCUUAACAAGAGCCUCAGAGUUCCCAAAACUGUCCUAGAUUCUGCUGGUCAGCUCCAGCUUCUGUCUGGAAAUCAGACUUACUGCUGAGUCUUCAUACUAGGGAAAUGCACGUGUCAGUGGUGACCACAGGUGUGAUAUUGCUCCUGAGUAUGGGGUGGACAUCAGACUCUCUCUGCUCCCCCACAAUUCUUUACAGAGACUGCUGGAUCCAUCGCUUUCCGGGUCUUCUAGUUGACCUGGAUGAGUCUCAGAAGCUGGGAGCCCAGUUCUUGAAGUAUUAUUCUGAAAGUACUGGCCAGAAGUGCAGUAGGAACUGCUGUCUUAGGAAGGAUGUUUCCUGUAACCUGGCUGUCUUCUACCAUGAUCCCAUUCAUGACAAUGUCAACUGCCUCCAUAUUCACUGCCCCACCUUGGAAAGCUGCAUAUUACAGCCUGGAACCAGCGCCAUUUUGUACAACAUAACAGAAGGUAUAGAUCCAGAUUUGCUGGUCUUUGAACAAUCACCUCCCAAAUACCUAAAUACUCGUUCUUCACCUAAUAGGUGGGACAGACUAAGGAUUCUAAAAGCCAUGAAUUUAAAUAAACAACAAACCACCAUGGUAAACCAAAUGCUACUGUCAAGAGAGGCUCCAUCACCAACCACACAUCAAGACUUGGUUGUAAACACAAACAAUACCAGUUAUUCCAAGGAAUUAACCACAGAUUCUUGGGCAAGAUUCAUUUCCAUGAAUGACUCCAUUACCACAAAGGUAAAUAUGGUGUCACCAAGUACUGAUUUCAUCAACAAUCCAGAUAAUAAGACCGUUUCUCCCUUCUUUGUGCCCACAGACACAAAACUUUCUCAUAUACCUAUUCCAUCCCAACUCAAUAGUAGCAAACAAUUUCUAAACAAAACCAAGGGGUACAAUGCCAGAAACCACACAUCUGAUACUGAAGACGAGACAUCUGAUAGGGCAUCUGUGAUUCCAAAGACGUGGCUGGUUCCUGUGGCAUUUUGUACCUCUGUCAUCUUUCUUUCCUGUUGUAUAGUCAUCUUGGUAUCUGGAUGCUGUCGAAAGCAACAGGGCCAGUAUAAACCAGGACAGAGAAAGUCAGAAUCCAGGCAAAUUAAAAAAUGCAACACUCUGAAGGAGAAUUCUUAAUAGUAAAAGUUGUAGACAGAUUGUAAACUUUCAAGAGUAUUGUUUUUAGUUUUCUGUAAGACAAAGGCAGUUUGAUUUAAGAAAUAAUUUUACAGGAUGCCCACUCCUACUAAUUUCUAAGAAUUAGUGCUUGAUAAACAUAAUUGCCUUAUUAAUUAUUUCCAUUUUUUGAGCAGUGUAUCUGAUCUGUUAUUAUUUAGCACUGUGUGAGAGAUACAGUUCUAAAUGCUUUCCAUGCAUAAACUCAUUGAAGCCUUAGAGAGUUAGCUACACUAUUAUUAACCAUUAUAAUAUUUCAUUUUAAAGAUGAGGAAACUGAGGCAAAGAGGUUAAGCAUCUUGCCUAAAGUCACACCACUAGUAAGUAGUGGAACCAGGAAUUAAACAGACUGGUUCAAAAUCCCAUGCUUGAAACCACUGCUUAUACUAAGAGCCUGUUUUUCCAAUAAGCAUGAAGAAAAGAUACAGAAGGCGCAACACCAUAACAUCACCAGAUUUGUCUCCCAGUCAAGUUCAAAUUAUUGUCACGUUUUUAAAAAAAAAUCUUAUUGUUGGAGCAAAAAUGUACUAUUAUUACAGUUACUGACUCAGUGAACAAAUGCCUAAUUUUUAUCUAGUUUUCUAUGUUCAAAUGAUUAAUCCUUCUCAAUCCUAAUCCAUCUACUCCAUUUUCUAAAGCUGAGAUGCCUUCCAAUAAAUGCAGUACUGAGCUCUUGGAGUUCCCUGUGCUGAUUUCUCUUGAGUACAGCCUGAGGUUUCUAUCCCUCAUAUGUAUACGUUGUUUCCCCAUGUGUACAUAUUGUUGUUGUUGUUGUGUGCCCUCCAGGCUAUUCCGACUCACAGCGGCCCUAGACGAUAGAACU